CAGAUAUGAAGGGCUGGAGCAGUCUCCCUUCCAAGCUUGAGUCAUGAGAGUAACAGACUGGAGGAAGAUUUUGCGACACUAACGUAGCUUCCGUUCUCAACACCAGAACCCCCACAUUAUCAGAUCUUGCAAGGAAACAACGAACCGUCAACUGAAGGCAAAAGCAAUCCAAACAACAAGAUGUCCGCUCAACAUGAAGAGCAGAACCAAAUCACCAAGGACCAAAAGCCCACCUGGUCCGAAUGGGCCAAGACCCAGUACAACGCCCAAUACGAGUCCUGGGUUCCAUGGCUAGAAGAUCUCUACCUUCGCUACUUCACCAAAGACAACAAAGCGAGUUAUGCCACCAAGGACACACUCUCCAAGACCAAGGUCACCAACAUCGAACAGGUAGACACCCUUCAAGACGGGGUACAUAACCUCGUUGCUGGACAGGUCGGACAAGGAGGACUAGGACAGCCAGUUGGGGAUUUGUUGUCCAAGGAAGGAGUGAAUAGGAUGGAGAGAAAGGGGAAGAAUGAGACGGGUGGUUAUUUCCCUGACAUGAGAGAUGUGGGAGGGUUAUUGGGAAGGGAGUGA